AUGCCGGAUGAGCCUGGAAAAAAGAAAGAAGCGAUGGUGGCUUCUCGUUCACAGAGUAUGGAGUUCGCUCACCAGAAGACAGUGUUUUAUGAGAUGUAUGUCACUAGGGAGACUUGGCCCAUCGCGAUAGGGCCCAAUGGUACUAUAAAUUUCCCACGAACAGAGUGUGAUCUUGUUCUUGCAAGACUCUUUGGAUUACUAGUUCUUAGAUCUCUCAUGGCUGAUUUCCAAUCUCUCCCCGACGAUCUCAUCGUCGACAGCAUUCUGUCCAAGAUCAGGGACGCCAAGGCGCUGCUGCGCUGCUCGGCCGUGGCGCGGGACUGGCGGCGCUGGACGGCGCGCGUCCCGGCUCUGCAUUUCGACUUCCCCAAGUCGUGGAAGCAGGAUUGCGUGGUGAGGUCGCUCGACGCCGAGAAGAUCGUCUGGGCGGCCAUCUCCAGGGUCCAGGGCGGCGGCAUCGGCGAGCUAUCGCUGCGAUUCUCGCCCACGGAGCCAUCGCUCGUCUGCUUGUGCGAGAAUGCCGUCCAGCUGUGGAUCCAGCACGUUAGCGCCAGCGUCCGCGAGCUCAAGCUCAGCAACAAGGGCUGUGCCUUCUCGGAGCUCCUCCCCUCUCUCUCCAGAUGCGCCAGGCUCUCCUCCCUCUCGCUCGAGUUUGGGUACUUCGAUGGAAUCCCCCAGGGCUGCCGCUUCCCGGAGCUCAAGAAAUGCCGCUUCGCCAAUGUGAUCUUCCACGGCGACGAUCUGGAGAGAUUCGUGGCGUGCUGCCCGGCGCUGGAGGAGCUGACGAUCGACGAGUGCUUCUCCACGCAGAUCCCAGUCGUGACGCUGCGCAGCGGAUCCAUCCGCGCGCUCGUCAUCGCCGAGACGCGAUUCAAUCGCCUGGCGGUGGAGGCCGAGAAGCUGGGAGAGCUGACCAUCGCUCCAAAGAGCUUUCCAGUGGAUUUGCUGCCAGGGAAAAGCGAAUAUCCAUCCAAUUGA